AUGCCCGCUUCCACUCCUUCUUCAGUAAUCAUCGUUGGCUCGGGCGUUUUUGGCCUGGGAACGGCAUAUGAGCUUGCACAAAGAUGGAAAAACACAAAAAUCACCGUUCUUGAGAGAGUGGCGUUUCCUGCCGCAGAUGGCGCCUCGAUUGAUAGUUCUCGUAUCAUUCGUGCCGACUACGCAGACUUAGCAUAUGCCAAACUGAUGGUACAGGCGAUGCCAGCAUGGAGAGGCGAGUUUGGGCAAGAAGGUCGCUACACGCAAAGUGGUCUUGCUCUGGUUAGCGAUCAACAUGACGGAGCCAGCGCUCAAGAAUUCCUAGCAGAGGCGCUGGCAAAUGUGACCAAAACUCUCGGGCUCAAAGUUGGCAAGAAAGAAGAGGGUGGAGAAGUGACCAUCUUUGAAAAGGCCAGAGGUACCAUUCCCGUCAUCAGCGACCGCCUUGCUGACAUGAAGGGUUACGUCAACUGGACGUCUGGCUGGGCUCACGCGGAAGACGGAGUCAAGUUCAUGAGGAAGAAGGUUGAGGCCUUGAACAGAGUCGAGUUCAGAACAGCCGAAGUCAGGCGCCUCCUCUUCAGAGACUCCGUCGUGGAGGGUGUCGAGUUGGCAAAUGGCUCUAGCAUGACUGCAGACCUCACAAUUCUCGCCACAGGCGCAUGGACGCCGAAACUUAUUGACCUCCGUGGAAUCGCCUCCGCAACCGGCCAGGUAUUGGCUUAUGUCGACAUCAGCGAGGAAGAAGAAAAGCGGUUCAGCCAGCCAGGCCAGCCAGUAAUACUAUGCGAGGGUGAUGGCAUGUUCAUCAUACCGCCUCGUGAUCGGGUCUUGAAAGUUGCAAGGCACGGGUACGGCUACUCAAAUCCUACCACAAUUCCGCAUCCCGAGAAGCCCAACGAAACCAUCACUGUCAGCUUACCUCGUACGAAGCUGGACGAUCCAAAUAUGCAGAUCCCACCAGAAGGCGACAAAGCUUGCCGAGACUUCCUUCAGAAAGCCAUACCAGAGAUGGGUGCCAGACCAUUUACACAAACACGAUUGUGUUGGUAUACAGACACGCCUACCGGAGACUGGCUCAUCACUUACCACCCUAAAUACAAGGGUUUGUUCGUCGCGACAGGCGGGUCAGGGCAUGGAUAUAAGUUCCUGCCAAUCAUUGGAGAAAGGAUCGUGGAUGUGCUCGAGGGCGUCGACAGAGAUGACUUAGGCCAGGAGUUGAGGCAAAGGUGGGCAUGGCCAAAGCAGAGGCUCGAAGCAGAUCACGUUUGGACGAAUGACUGGAGAGGCGAGGGUGAGAAGGGAAUGAUUUUGGAUGAGGAGUAUGCGAAGAAGCCGACUGAUGGUGUGAAGUCGAAGCUGUAA